GAUAAAUCUUUCGAUGGUUGGUGGCUAUUGUGAUAUGGAAUUUAGAGAUAAAGAAACGUCUCUUGCAAAAGGUCUCAAGUUUGGGGUUUCUGUGGAAAAGCUGAACCCUUUUCAAGAUGGAGAAAGAGGCUGUUAUGACAAUUUAACUUGCAAACAUUUGCUGGUGAUGGUUGUCCCGUUUUGCCAAAGUCUCUUCACCUUGCUGGAACAUCCCUUUGUCAGUACUACCUCAAGAAAGGAUGUUAUUUUCAAAGACUUAGGCGCUGGUUUACUAUCAAACUCCGUGGGUUUCAAUCUGAUUGUUAAGAACUGUUAUGGGUCCAGCCCAUAUUUGCAAUAUCUUCUUUUGUUGUUUAUGUUUUGGGCCUUGUUUGAAGGAUUUUUAUGUCCUAUAUUUUGGGUCCAUUUGAUAUUGAGUUUUGGGCUUCUAAAACAUUUUUUUUAGAGUCCAACUUGCUGUAAAAGAUCAGCUGGAGAAGGCUUUCCAAGACAGAAAAACGCACACACACAAAACAGAAGGUUUUGGGGACAUAUUCCAGUUUUUCGACCUGCAGUACGUUGCUUCAUUCAGCUCGUCGAUCGGAGGUCUUCCCGUGGUCGGAUUUUGCUGAAAUUUGGACAGCUUGUUCGUGACUUCAAGGGCUUCAUUUUGAACGGUCGGAUUGUUCAGUUGAGCUCUGGUUUGGUCAGAAUCACUGCACGAACAGACCUGCAGUUUUUGGGUGAUUUCUACAUCUUAUUGUGCUAUUUCAAUCUCUUAUUGUUAUUGGUGAUUGUUGGUGGGCUGUGAAUCCUUUGUAGACUGAUUUGGGGUUCUUUUACCCUCAUUUAUCAAUAAGAGAAUUAAGGGUGGACUCCUCAAGAGGUCCCGUGGUUUUUUAUCCUUCACAUUGAAGGGUUUUCCACGUAAAAAAUCUUGUGUGCUCCGUGUGCUUUAUUUCCUCUCUUUGUUGUGCUUUAUAUUCUGCAAUUGUGCUGGUUUUGUGUGGUAAUUGGUUGUGUGUCAGUUUGGGUUGCUCAUUUAGUUGAUUGUCUUGAGGUUGUGACUUUGUGGGUGUUAUAGAGACACCUUAUUUGACCCCUACAACUUGGUAUCAGAGCCUGGGUUUAAUCUGUCACAUUAUGGAGUCGGGUAGUAGUAACUCAAUGGUAAAAUUGACAUCAACUAAUUAUUCUAUUUGGAGACCUAUGAUGGAAGACAUGUUAUAUUGCAAGGACUUGUAUGACCCAAUAGAAUCUGUCACCAAUACUGAUGGUACUGUUUCUAAACCAUCCAAACCAGAGAAAAUGGAAGAUAGGGAAUGGCUAAAGUUGAAAAGAAAGGCUUUAGGGACUAUUAGGCAAUGGGUUGAUAUAAGCAUUUUCAAUCAUGUGUCACAAGAGUCUGAUCCUUAUGAAUUGUGGAAGAAGUUGGAAGGUCUUUAUGAACGGAAGACUGCUCAUAAUAAAGCCUCUUUGAUCAAGAAACUUGUUAAUUUGAAACUGAAAAGUGGGAAGUCUGUUUCUGAGCAUCUUAGUGAUUUUCAGGAUAUUAUUAACAAGUUGACUACUAUGAAAAUUUGUCUUGAUGAUGAGUUGCAGGCUUUAUUUCUCUUGAGCUCUUUGCCAGACAGUUGGGAAACCUUGGUUGUGACUAUUAGUAACUCUGCUCCGGAUGGUGUGCUAUCUUUGGAUGUCAUCAAAGAAAGCAUGUUUAAUGAAGAAAUCAGAAGAAAGGAGAUGGGAGUUGAUAAUACACAUGCUCUUGUUGUUGAGAACAGAGGAAGAAGCAAGAGUAGGGGUCCCAAAGGUCACAAUAACUCAAGAAGUAGGUCUAAAUCCAGUGAUGGGAAGAAUGCCAAUACAUGCCAUUAUUGCAAGAAGCCUGGUCAUAUCAAGAAAUAUUGCUUCCGUAUGAAAAGGGAACAAAGGAAGAAGAAUGACUCGCAGAAAGAGGGUGAUGACAAAAACACUACAGCAAUAGCUUCUAAGAGUGAUGAUGAUGUUACUUUGAUUUGUGCAGCUAGUGAGUGUCAUCAUGUUGAUAGUUCAGACUCUGAGUGGCUUGUAGAUACUGGUGCUUCAUACCAUUGUGUUCCCAGAAGAGACUACUUCAUGACCUACCAAGCUGGUGAUUUUGGUAGUGUUAAGAUGGGUAACCAAAGUUCAGCAAGUAUUGUUGGAUUAGGUGAUAUUCGUGUGAAGACUAGUGUCGGAUGCAUACUUACAUUGAAAGGUGUGCGGCAUAUUCCUGAUCUACGCCUUAAUUUGCUAUCUGCUAAUGUUCUUGAUCAAGAAGGUUUCAAACACACUUUUGGAGAUGGCAAGUGGAAAUUGUCUAAGGGUUCUAUGACAGUUGCACGAGGCGAGUUGUGUUGCUCUUUGUACAAGACAUAUUUGACUGUAUGUUCUGGUGAACUCAAUGCUGUAGAAGAGAAGAAUUCUCCUAACUUAUGGCACCGAAGAUUGGGACACAUGAGUGAUAAGGGGUUGAAAUGUCUUGCAGGUAAAUCUCUUAUUCCCAUUGAUACUGCAGUUGCUCUUGACCCUUGUGAUCAUUGUUUGGCAGGUAAGCAGCAUAGAGCUUCUUUUGCCAGGAAGUCUACUAAGAGGCAAGCUAAGCUAGAGCUUGUACACUCCGAUGUUUGUGGUCCCAUUGAGGUAGAGUCUAAUGGUGGCAGCAAAUACUUUGUCACUUUCAUUGAUGAUGCUACCAGAAAAACUUGGGUUUACAUGUUGAAGACCAAGAGCCAAGUGUUUGAGACAUUUCAGAAAUUUCAUGCUAUGGUGGAAAGGGAGACGGAAAGAAAACUAAAGAGCCUUCGUUCUGACAAUGGUGGUGAGUAUACUUCACAUGAGUUCAAGAAUUAUUGUUCACAACAUGGCAUUCGACAUGUGAAGACAGUUCCUGGCACUCCACAACAUAAUGGUGUUGCAGAGAGGAUGAACAGAACCAUUGUGGAGAAAGUGAGGUGUAUGUUGAAGAUGUCUGAUCUACCUAAGUCAUUUUGGGCAGAGGCAGUGAACACUGCUGUUUACUUGAUUAACCGUUCUCCAUCUAUUCCUUUGGGUCUUGACAUUCCAGAGAGAGCUUGGAAGGGAUGUGAUCCCACAUAUUCACAUCUUAGAGUCUUUGGAUGUAAGGCUUAUAUGCAUGUGCCGAAAGAUCAAAGGUUGAAGCUUGAUUCCAAGACUACUCCAUGUGUGUUUGUUGGCUAUGGUGAUGAAGAGUACGGGUUUAGGCUCUAUGAUCCUGAGAAGCAGAAGGUAGUGAGAAGUAGAGAUGUCGUGUUCUUCGAGCACGAGAAGGGAGCAGAACUUUUGGGUGUCAGGUAUCAUACUUACUCUGAUUCUUUUGUUGAUACUACUGAUGUUUCUUCUGUUCCUACUUCUGUUUCUGUUGAACAGCCAUCAUAUGAUGAUCUUGAUACACCACAUGAUGGUGUUGAGGAUAUGCAACCCGAUGAUGAUGAUGAUGGUGAUGUACCACCGUUUGAUGAUGCUCCUAAUGAUGCUCAAGCAAAUAAUGAAGAGGUUCAUGAGCAAGGGGAGCAAAAUACCCCGCCAGAUGAUGAUGUUCUGAUUAGGAGGUCAACGAGAGAUCGUAAACCUUCUACAAAAUAUCCAAGCACAGACUACAUCUUAGUUACUGACGAGGGGGAGCCUGAGAGUUUUCAAGAAGUGCUGACUAGUGAAGAAAAAGAUCUUUGGCUCGAGGCUAUGAAAGAGGAGAUGGAUUCCUUGAAGAAAAACAAUACUUAUGAGUUAGUGAAUCUUCCCAGAGGCAAGAAAGUCUUGAAAAACAGAUGGGUUUUCAAGAACAAGAAAGAUGGUGAGAAGAUAGUGAAGCGGAAAGCUCGAUUGGUGGUCAGAGGAUGCAACCAGAAAAAGGGCAUUGAUUUUGAUGAAAUCUUCUCCCCUGUUGUCAAGAUGACUUCUAUUAGAACUGUUUUAGCAGUAACCGCAAGUCUUGAUCUUGAGUUGGAGCAGCUUGAUGUAAAAACUGCUUUUCUACAUGGUGACUUGCAUGAAGAGAUCUACAUGGAGCAACCCGAAGGAUUUGAAGAAAAGGGGAAAGAGAAACUUGUUUGCAAGUUGAAGAAGAGUCUUUACGGGCUUAAACAGGCACCGAGGCAGUGGUAUCGGAAAUUUGAUUCGUUUAUGACAAGCAAUGGUUAUAAACGGACUUUUGCAGAUCCUUGUGUGUAUUUCAGAAAGUUCCCAGGUGGCAACUUCAUUAUCCUUCUUUUGUAUGUAGAUGAUAUGCUGAUAGUUGGGCAAGAUUCAGUGAUGAUUGACAACUUGAAGAAAGAUUUGUCCAUGUCAUUUGAUAUGAAAGAUUUGGGUCCUGCAAAGCAAAUCUUAGGCAUGGAGAUUGCUCGUGACCGGAAGGCUAGAAAGUUGUGGCUUUCUCAAGAAAAGUAUAUUGAACGUGUGCUUCAAAGGUUCAAUAUGAAGCAAGCCAAGCCGGUUAGUACACCACUCGCAUCACAUUUUAACCUUAGUAAGAGAGCUUGUCCUACAACAGAGAAGGAGAAAGCAAGUAUGUCCAAUAUUCCUUAUUCUUCUGCUGUUGGUUCUUUGAUGUAUGCUAUGGUGUGUACAAGACCCGAUAUUGCACAUUCUGUUGGUUUGGUGAGCAGAUACUUAUCUAAUCCGGGUAAGGUACAUUGGGAUGCAGUGAAGUGGAUCUUCAGAUACUUGCGUGGCACUUCCAAACUUUGUUUGUGUUAUGGAGGUGGCAAACUAGUUCUUGAGGGGUAUACAGAUGCAGACAUGGCUGGUGAUCUUGACAGUAGAAAAUCUACCUCAGGUUAUGUGUUCACACUUUCAGGGGGAGCCAUUUCAUGGCAAUCUAAAUUACAAAAAUGUGUGGCUUUGUCGACUACUGAGGCUGAAUAUAUAGCAGCUGUGGAAGCAAGUAAGGAAAUGCUUUGGUUGAAGAGGUUCCUUCAAGAAUUGGGUUUGGAGCAAGGUGAGUAUGUAAUAUUCUGUGAUAGUCAGAGUGCUUUAGAUUUGAGCAAGAAUUCCAUGUAUCAUGCUCGAACCAAACAUAUUGAUGUUCGGUAUCAUUGGUUGCGGAAUGUGAUUGAAGAAAAGUUGAUGAAACUGAAGAAAGUUCAUACAAACAAAAACGGUGCGGACAUGCUAACUAAAGUGGUUCCAGGAAGCAAGCUUGAUAUUUGUGGCAAGCUUGCAGGGAUGAGCUUCAAGUGGUGAUUGAAGAGUGUUCGUCUUCCCCGUGUUGGGCUGGAGGGGGAGAUUGUUAUGGGUCCAGCCCAUAUUUGCAAUAUCUUCUUUUGUUGUUUAUGUUUUGGGCCUUGUUUGAAGGAUUUUUAUGUCCUAUAUUUUGGGUCCAUUUGAUAUUGAGUUUUGGGCUUCUAAAACAUUUUUUUUAGAGUCCAACUUGCUGUAAAAGAUCAGCUGGAGAAGGCUUUCCAAGACAGAAAAACGCACACACACAAAACAGAAGGUUUUGGGGACAUAUUCCAGUUUUUCGACCUGCAGUACGUUGCUUCAUUCAGCUCGUCGAUCGGAGGUCUUCCCGUGGUCGGAUUUUGCUGAAAUUUGGACAGCUUGUUCGUGACUUCAAGGGCUUCAUUUUGAACGGUCGGAUUGUUCAGUUGAGCUCUGGUUUGGUCAGAAUCACUGCACGAACAGACCUGCAGUUUUUGGAUCGAAUGCGGCUGGGAAGAAGGAUCAAUUGAUCUCCAUCGCUCCUCUAUUGUCCAACUCACAACAUGGAUCAUUCGAUCUCCACCGCUCCUCCAUCGCCGAACUCACAGUCGGCAACCAACGCCUCUGGUGGUCUCCAUCCACCUUCUCUGCUUGUUGGUUGCCAUCGCCCUGCCCAAUCCUGCACCGAUUUCUAUUCCUUCUGUUUUUGUCCAGUCAAUGGGGAGGUGGAUAAGAGUCGAAUCGCCGUCAUCUUCAUCCAUUGAGCCUUGAUAUCUAAUUGUGUGAUACCAAAUUGCUCGAUUGUCCCGGGUGUUGAUGCUAGGUUUUGAGAUCUGCGUUCCGCGAUGGUGGCAGGGAGGUGGCAAGGGAGUGGCGGCGCGACUAAAUUUGGAUGGCUAGGGUUUCAGGUGUUGGUGCGGCAGUUGGGAUAGGGGCUGGGGGUUGGGAAGGUGGGCUAAAUUGGUAGCUGGCUUAUGUGAAGGAUGAUAGGGAUGUGGUUGUGACAGGGAAGGGGCUGCGGCUAGCUAGGGAGGGUGCAGGGGCUGGUGGGCACAUGGACUGGUGGAAUGGGGUUGGAGUUGUGGUCAAUGAGUUUGGAGUGUUGGGGCAUGGGGCUGGUGGUUUUCGCCCUUCGGGGGGGCUGUGGCCGGUGGGGCUAUGCGGUGAUCACUGCAUGAAGCAGUGUAGUGGUUGUAAUUGGGGGUGCUGGUGGCGGCGUUACUGUGGUGGUGUCACUAUGGCCUCCGAUAGUGUCACUAUUGUGGUGUCACUAUGGCCUGCGGCAGUGUCACUGUGGUGGUGUCACUAUGGCGGUGUCAUUGUGGUCAGCGUCGUCAAUGACACGAGCAAUGGUGACGAAGUGACACAGGCAAUGGCAGCAGUAGUGACACAAGCAAUAACGGCAGUGGUGUUCGACAGUGACAUGAACAUGGGACGGUGACAUAAAUAUUUGAUUGUCACUUUAUUUUAGUCACAUUUUAGUCACAUUUUUAUCCAAAGGUGAAAGUGGUCACAUUUUUAAAAAUCGACUUAACUUGGUAAUAUUCAGGCGGUCCUUCUCCGCGCACCUCCCAAAUUUCUAAGUGCGCCUCUUUUACUUCAGAGAUGGACCACUCUGCCCUUUCAUUAUACCAAGUACUCCGUAAUUCCGUAUCUCAUGUUCAAUGAGCAACAUUAGCGGUACUUGUUCGUUUCUUCAUCUCAAAGUCCCUUCUUAUUUUUUGUUUACUUUUCUUAUUUUAAUUGUUUUCAUAUUUUAAAAUUACGUUGUUGGAGGAAGUGAUUCUUCAUAUCCAGUUUUAAAAUUACGUUUUAAAACUUUCAAGCACUUCUUAAAAUUACGGUUGUUGGAGAAAGUGAUUCUUCAUACCCAGUUCUCCAAAUUUUUUAACAAACACAAUAACACGUCUAUAUUUUAACAAAACUAAAAGAUAUAAGGGACAAACAUAUCUUUAUUUUAAAGAACCUUUUCAUUUUCACAUAGGGUAAUGAGUGUAACCACAGGUGGAUUGGGGAUUUUUUUACAUACAAUUGCACCCGCCCCAUUGAUUAAUUUCCCUGGCCCGUAACUAUCUCCUUACUCAACGAGUAAUUUUUAGUGGAAAUUACCCGUUUCACCUACUUUUGGGUAUGCUAUUUCAUUUAUAGCCCAAUACAUUAUCCUUUUCAUCUUUAGACUUUUACAUUAUCACUUUUGAACUUCUCAAUUUCUAAAAUAGUUUCCCCGUUAGAAUUAAACCCAGUUACCCAACCCUCCGUCUCCAAUGAAGUCUGGCCUCCUAGCAGCUUCAAACCUCUGUCCAACCUCCAAAAACGCCACCGCCGAAUACACUUCUCUGAUCUGUUUCUCUCCAUCACAGAACCACUCUCAUAUAGUCGUGGAGCGCGAUCCAAAUCAACCCUGGUUACUGGCUUAAAGUUCUCUCACCGUCUCAACCAAUGAGCGCGAUAACUAGCCUGCGCCGCCACCGUCGAAGCCCAACCGCCUGACGAUUCUUUGAUUGACAGAUUCAUGAAACUGUUGGGUAAUUUUGAAUCUAUAUCUUUUGUGUCCGAAAUUUGUUCGUACGAUAUGUCUUACGAAUGUGUACUUCUCGAAUUGCCAUUAAUGCUGAAUGAAAUCAACUAAAAAAAUAUUGCACUUCCGGACUAUAUAUUGAUUUCUGUUACUAGAUGUUUAAUUUAAACAGAUUUGUUUCGGAUUAUCACGAUUUUUUAAUAUAUAGGUCGUUUAUUAAAUUUAGUGCAUUGUCUAAUUUGUGCAGCUAACACAUGUCUUCUGAUCGAUCAUUCGAUCUGAGGAAAAAAACGAGGCUUCAAAAUUUCCCUUCUGAUUUGCCAAUGUUUAGGAGUUACGUUUUUCUUUCUUUUUGACGAAAAUGUUUAAGAGUUAAGGUGAUCAGUGUUAAAUCAUGUCCUGAAUAUUCAAUGUGAGGCUACGAUCUAUGUUUUCAUUCAUUUUUUUGAGUUUAGUUGAUCAGUGUUUGUUCAUCCAUGAAAUUUCUUAAGAGUUACAAUGACUGAUGAUAGAGAUCAAGGUUCAUGCUAUCCACAUUUCUUCCUAGUCUUGCUUUCAUGAUUGCCUCAUUACCGGGUCCAAUAUGAACUGUUAGAUGGAAUAAUGGAAAUUAAACAGGAUGAAUAUUGGCCAUACAAGUGAUGAUUGUUUAUCUUUGAGGAGGCAUUCCCAUCAACAACUAAUGCAAAGGCUGACUGGAUAUCAUGCCCAAGAUGCUUACAAUAGAUGGUCAAGAGGUCUAUGAAGAGAUUUUGGAGACAGUUUCUUAUAUGACAUUUUUCUCACCAAAAAUAUCAAUCAACAUGAGGAGCCUCUGGCUCUUGAUGAUGGAAGCACUUGCAGACUAGCCAAUUGAUUUCUUCCAAAAUGCAUAAAAGGAAAAGAAGCACAUGGAGGUGAUAAUAAGAUCAAGAGGAUGAAUGAUGAAAAGAAGACAAGAGAGACAAAUAUAAGGAAUUACUUGUUAAGAUGUAUAAAAAGAAAAUAUGAUAAGAAGCAAAGCCAAUGUAAUAAAUUGAAUUAUAUAUUUAUUGCGAAAGUUUCAUAUGUUAUCUUUUG